CCCAAUUCAAAGGUCUCUUUGUGUUCUCUCUACCAAAUCGUUGAUUUCUUGUCAGUGUUACAAUGGAUUGCAUAAAGAAGGUUGAUAGAUCUGCUUUCGUUUCCUUUUCACCGGAAGCUCCGUUUAUGGCAACCGGAACCAUGGCCGGAGCCGUGGAUCUGUCGUUUAGUUCAUCCGCCAAUCUAGAGAUCUUCGAACUUGAUUUUAGGUCCAACGAUCGUGAUCUGAAACUUGUUGGUCACUGCUCAAGCUCUGAGCGGUUUACUCGACUCGCUUGGGGAAGUUAUGGUCUUAUUGCAGGUGGACUCGUCGAUGGAAACAUCGGUUUAUGGAAUUCAAAUCGUUCUGAGUCUGGAGAGAUUGAGCAUGUUAGACAUCUUUCAAAACACCAAGGACAUGUUCGUGGUCUUGAAUUUAAUAUCAAGUCCCCAAAUAAACUUGCUUCUGGGGCUGAUGAUGGUACAGUUUGCGUUUGGGAUUUAGCAAAUCCUUCAGAGCCUUCUCAUUAUCUAAAGGGAACUGGUUCUUCAGUGCAAGAGGAAAUCUCUUCGGUAUCGUGGAACAGAGAGUUUCAACAUGUUUUAGCAUCUACUUCAUAUAACGGGACUACUGUGAUAUGGGAUGUGAACAACAAGAAGGUUAUAACAGACUUCAAAAAUUCCGGAUCAGUGGACAGAUUUAAAGGUCCAACUCGGUGCUCAGUUUUGCAAUGGGACCCUGAUAAUUUUAAUCAGAUCAUGGUUGCAUCAGAUGAAGACAGCUCAAAUGUUAAGCUUUUGGACAUAAGGUAUCUACAGUCACCUGUUCGCACAUUUGUUGGCCAUCAAAGAGGUGUGAUUGCAAUGGAGUGGUGUCCAAGUGACAGUUUGUAUCUACUUACUUGUGCGAAAGACAACCGAACUAUUUGCUGGAACACAAAGACAGGACAGAUUGUGGCUGAGUUACCUAUUGGUGGCAAUUGCAAUUUUGAUGUUCAUUGGUAUCCAAAGAUGCCUGGAGUUAUAUCAGCAUCUUCAGUUGAUGGGAAAGUUGGCAUCUAUAACCUUGAGUGUUGCAGCAGCUAUGGUAAUGAGGUGAACAACCUAGAUUCUGCUUCUUUAACAGCACCAAAAUGGUGGAAACGACCGGUUGGUGCAUCUUUCGGAUUUGGAGGAAAGCUGAUUUCAUUUAACAAAAAUCUUUCUGAAGCAUCUGAGGUUAUUAUGCAUAGCCUGGCCACAGAAGAAAGUUUGGUGAAUCGGAUUUUUAGAUUUGAAGCUGCAAUAGAAAAUGGAGAGAAGAGUUCACUUAGGGGUUUGUGUGAGAAGAAAACAGAAGAGACAAAUUCCGAGGUGGAGAAGGAAACAUGGGGCUUGCUGAAAAUCAUGCUUGGCGAGGAUGGAACCGCAAAGUCGGAGUUGCGUACCCAUCUCGGCUUUAGUUCAUCGUCUGAGGAAACGGAUCAAACUGUUAGUGAGCAUCAUGCUACAUCUUCUACUGAAGACGUAGAAGUGACUCAACAAAUGCCAAAAGGAGAAGAAGAAGAAGAAGAAGAAGAAGAAGAAGAAGAAGAAGAAGAAGAAGAAAUCGCUGAUCCAACAGUUGAUGAUUCCAUCCAACGUUCAUUAAUUGUGGGAGAUUACGAGAAAGCAGUGGCUCAGUGUUUUUCUGCAAAUAAGAUGGCUGAUGCUUUAGUUAUUGCUCAUGUUGGUGGUACAACAUUGUGGGAGAGUACCCGUGAUAAGUAUCUGAAGAUGAGCAAUGCACCUUACAUGAAGGUUGUUUCUGCAAUGAUGAACAAUGAUCUAAUGACCCUUGUGAAUACAAGACCACCUAAAUCUUGGAAAGAAACUCUUGCUCUUAUCUGCUCUUUUGCAGAAGGAGAUGAAUGGACAAGCCUCUGUGAUGCUCUAGCCUCAAAAUUGAUGGCUACUGGUUUUACUUUGGCUGCAACUCUAUGUUACAUUUGUGCAGGCAAUGUCGAUAAAACAGUAGACAUUUGGUCAAGUAGCCUUGAAAGUGAAAGUGCUGGAAAAUCUUAUGCUGAGCGUAUUCAAGAUCUUAUGGAGAAGACGCUUGUCUUAACUUUGGCAACUGGAAACAAGAGAUUCAGUACGUCUCUACGCUGUCUCUUUGAGAGUUAUGCUGAAAUUUUGGCCAGUCAAGGACUUCUUGCAACCGCGGUAAAGUUCUUGAAAUUUCUUGACUCUGGUGAUUCCUCAACCGACCUUUCAAUCUUGCGGAAUCGGAUUGCUCUGUAUGCAGAGCCUGAAAUUACUAACCCUUCUGCAUCAGUAAGCACUCAGCCUGAAAUCUCCAAGCCAUAUCAAAAGAAUUCUUCUCUUCCAGCUCCAAUAAGCAAUGCUCAUCAGCCAUCAAGAACUACUUUUGUCCCUUUGAAUCCCCCUCAAGAACUAAAGAAUGCGGACCAAUAUCAGCAGCAUACCAUGGAUUAUUAUUGUUUUCCUGCAGAAAUUACUAAACCUUCUGCAUCAGAAAACACUCAGCCUGAAAUCUCCAAGCCAUAUCAAAAGAAAUAUUUUCCUCCAGCUCCAAUAAGCAUUGCUCAGCCAUCAAGAACUACUUAUGUUCCUUUGAAUCCUCCUCGAGAACUAAACAACGCGGACCAAUAUCAGCAGCAUACCAUGGGUUUUUCUUAUUUUCCUCGAUCCACGAACCCAACAUACAAUGUUCCACCUGUUCCUGCCUCAUAUCAACCCAUUCCUUCACAAGUUGGUCCAUAUCUGAACUCUCAGAUUCCACAAACUGUUGCUCCACCAAUGAGACCGAUGACUCCAACAGUACAGCAGGUAGCAGCUGAAGCAGCACCUGUAGUAGCUCCACCACCACCACCAACCGUUGAGACCGCAGAUACUUCCAAUGUACCAGCCCACCAGAAGCCUAUUGUGGCUACAUUGACAAGGCUAUUUAAAGAGAUAUAUGAACCAUUAGGAGGUAAUUCACGAGCUAAUCCUACCAAGAAGCGUGAGAUAGAAGAUAACUCAAAAAAAUUAGGAACUCUGUUUGUGAAACUAAAUAAUGAGGACAUCUCAAAGAACGCUGCUGAAAAACUCGCUCAUCUCUGUCAAGCUUUAGACAAACAUGAUUUUGGUGCAGCUUUACAGAUACAGGCGUGUAUGACAAACACCGAAUGGGAUGAGUGCGGCUUUUGUCUUCCAACACUAAAGCGAAUGAUGAUCAAGGGAAGACAAAAUGUGCAAUGAAAUGGUGAUAUUAUUAUCUGUCCGGGGUAUAAACUAGCCACUAGGUUAUAUGUACUUAGUGCUUUGACCUUGCGAGAGAUAAGCUUAUAACCAGAUCAGUUAUAUAAUUAAUCAUUAAUUCUAUUUUCAUA